AGUUGGUCUUAACACACGGAAUAAUUAACCUAUUUUGUUAUCAUUUUAACGUAUGAUUUCAACAGCGCCCUAACUUGCGCAUUGUGGUCAAUCCGGGUAUUUCUCCUUUCUAAGAGAGGAAAAACAACGCUAUCUACUGAGUUUGCGUACAAACUAGCGGGAGACAUCCUACUGUGGUUCGCUAGCUAGCUACGAAGUUUUCGGACUUACCUAAAAAAAAUAAACAACCUUUCUUCCCCUCAAAGGCAAGCUGACUAGGAAAAAAACGUCUCCAGAAGAGGAAGUGGUGGCCCUACUAGGAGUGAAGGCGGAGACCAGAAGGAAAGAAGCAGAACACCAGAGGCACCGUGGAAGAUGUCUGCCUCACACUUCUUUAAUGAGGACAGUGUCACAAGGUUCAAAAAGAGAAAAGCCCGCUUCACCUUCAGUGAGGUCCACAUUCUUCUGGAUGAAGUGAAAAAGAAUCGCCACAUCGUUGUCGGAAAGUUUAACCGCGGUGUGCCAACAGAUGUGAAGAAGCGUGCAUGGGCGGAGAUCACAGCCCAUGUGAAUGAAAUUGGUGAGAGCCAGCGUGAGGUCAUCGAGAUCAUCAAGAAGUGGUCGGACCUCAAGUGUGACACCAAGCGCAAGGUCGCCGCAAUGCGGUCUGGGGCCAACUUCAAGGGGAUUAACUCGCGUCUGUCCCGAGAUCUCAGUCCUACCGAAAACAUAGUGCAUCAGAUUUUGGAGUUAGAUGGGAAGCGUAGCCGCGUGUCAGGUGUCCCUUAUGGGAGUUACAGAGAGGGAGAAGAUGAUGAGGGACCAGAAGAGGAUGAGGAGGAAGAGGACAUGGCAGGGAUACACAGCUACCCCAAUGAAGGAAUAGAAGCCUCAAUGCCACCACCCUCCACACUUUCUUCUGGCAUGCCCAUGUCCUUUCCCAUAGGAAUGUCCAUGCAGGGCCCCAUCCCCCCUUUGCAACCCAAAGAUGACCAUUCUAUGACAAACUACAGUGGCUUGUCCAGAGACCCGUCACAUCCCACUUAUGAAAUGCAGUAUGAAAUACCCACUGGUGAAGACACUGAGAACCAGUUUGGAGAGUCAGAUGACGAGCGACAGGACGAACUGCUCCCUUCCACCCCGCAGAUGUCCAGCCUUGCGGAGGAGAAACCGGGGAGCGCCAGUAUCACCCAACGCCCGUCUACAGGCACCCAGCCCUCUCCCUCUUUGACCUCCAGUGCCCCACCUCGGCCAGGCCAGCCCCCUCGGAACGCCAGGGAGACCAUGCUGCAGAGUGCCACGCUGAGUGUCCAGGAGCAGCAUGCCACCAACGCCGUGCUGGAGACGGUGUCACGCUCAUUGGAACUGCUGUCCGAGUCGGUGCAGCAGCUGGCUGAGACGCAGCAGGAAUUUGUGCGCGAGUCACUGCAGCUGCAGAGGGAGACGAUGCACAUACUCAGAGACUUCACCAGUGGGGCCCUGGCUCUCAUGAACGACAAGCUAAAUGGACGCCCAGCCCUAUAGCAGGAGAGGGGGUGCGGGCAGCCUCUGCCCUGACGUUGCCUCACUAUCAGUCCCUCUCGUGGGGCUUGACAAGUUUGGUCAUGGCCAUACAUAGAUGAAGUUUUCUUCCCCUGGGGGAUUUUCUUUCUCAGCCUGAAGCAAGUCUGAACGUUAACGAGCAUUGCUUGUGGUACAGUUUUGGAAACAUGAAUGACAUUUUAUAUCAGUAAGAUUCAAUAAAAAUAAAGGUGA